AAGUUAUGCCUUUGCCGCCGGCACUUUUGGCCCGGCUGAAAAGACUGGCUGCUGAGGACAACGAAGAAGUUCUAGUUGAAGAUUACUCGGCGGAAAAAGACGCCAGCGAUGCGGAAGAAGACAAUUCAUCUUCAAGCAGCGAUGACGACACGACUGAUAAUGCAGAUAAAAGUAGCCUCAGCAAUACCCACCUCAAAUCAGCAGUACCGAUCAAAUCGGCACUGAAAUCGUCUUCAUCAUUUAAGUCGAAGAAAUCAGUAGGGGUCGUGACCAGACCGAUUAGCCCCCCUCGAGGACCAGUUGAGGGGUGUCCGAAUACUUCAAAUCAGUACCACGAAUGCUCUUUGUAUUGUAAACAGAGGUAUGGAUUGAAAACAGGUGAAGAAUUGACAAUUGGGAAGCAAGUGAGAAAAAGUGUGGGCUUCUCGGGAGAUACAAAGGAGCCGUCGGACAGUUCGUUUCCGAGGCCGGAAGAUGAGGUCGAAGAUAAAAUUCCACUGCCUUCGUUUUGGAUUAAAGUCAUCGAUCCUAAAAGUGGCUAUUCGUACUAUUGGAACAGAGAGAGUGAUCUGGUCACGUGGUUACACCCUCUGGAUGAAGAUGCAGUCAUCACUCUGGCAGCAUCCAAAUUAGCCGAAGCAGUAGCUGCGAAGAAGUUAGCCGAAACUAAUAAGCAAAUCACCCUGCAGAUAAAAUCAACCACUGCCUCGAAUGCAACAGAAGCUAAUAAAGAUGAAAGCGAAGAUGAAGAUGGGGAUGAGGACGAGGAGCCGAGGCUGUGCUAUUUCACCCGAAAACGCAUGACCAAACCGCCAUCCUCCAACAAAAUAGAUGAAGUGCGUGAACCAUUAACGUUACAACCGAACCAGACUAAGAAGAUGAAGGGGCUCCGUCCCCCGAAGAGACCCAAAGUGGAUGCGAACGAGGAACUGGACCCCAUGGACCCAGCUGCAUAUGACGAAUCAGUGCCCAGGGGUACUUGGUCCACUGGACUGAUCCAGCAGGGAGCCAAAGCGGCAGACAGUACAGCAGCCGGGCCCCUCUUCCAACAGAGACCCUACCCUAGUCCAGGCGAUGUUCUGAGGGCCAACAGAGAACAACCCAAUAGCGAUUAGCUGCAAACUGCGUCUUGUCUUCUAUAUAGGAGCAGAAAUGGAGUCACAGUUAAAGAUCGACGAGAAAUGAUUUUGUGUUGAUGGAUGUUAGUCGAAAAAAAACUAACAGAGCUUUAGCUUCGCGCAUACAAGCAAAACUUAUAUCAAAUUCUUGUUGUUUUCACAAAUGUCACCUCGAGGCAGAGAGAUUGAAAAGUUGAGAUAUUGGUUCAAAACUGUAUCGUAUCUUUAGAUAGUCUUGUUUUAUUGUUUGUUUUUAAAAGAAAUGAAUAAAAAAUGU